GCAAUCCUGAGGUCAACCAAUCAGAGCGUUCUCAUUAGCAUUAGCGAUGCGCAACGCGUCGUUCUGUAUGGACGGAAUCGUGACGUUGACUUCCCCGACUUCGUUUACGCGACGCAACACAGACGCUCUCUGACGCAUACGGCGUUGGACUAUCAGUGACUAAACGCACUUUUAAUAAGAUGCCUCAGAUGCAAAACGUAUUUGGACAUCAUCUAGAGAGCUUCAAUGGAAAACUUCAACAACUUGAAUCAUUGAAUCAAAGUGGGAAAAAUAUGAAAGAAAUAAAUUAGAAAUGUCUUCAAUUAUACAUUAUAACUAGCGUUUGUGAUCUGAAUGUUCUCUAAACCAGAAGAUCUUUGCAUAUCCAUUAAAACGUGCAUAUUGGAUGGACAUCUUUCAAGUUUUGGCACUAAUUCCGGAGCCAUACUGGUUUCUUGAAAAAUUUCCAGUGAUGUUGGAUUGCCAGAAGCGGUAAUCCCACUUUUCCCACUUUUCCAGUAAACGCUUUUUUGUAGAAAUGUCCAUGAAGCCAGUGACAAUGUCACAUGAAGCUGAAACCUUAAAAAAUGCAGAAAGCCUCGCUGCAUGUCAGGAUGACCACCUAUCCAGUUUGAAGGCUUUGACCGAGAAGCUCAAACUCGAGACCAAAAAGCCGUCUUACCUGGACUGGAGAGCACAGAUGGAAGCAAUGCUAGCACAGAGCCAUAAAGUCUCAGAGUCUUUACCGGUGCCUAGCGAAGCACAGGAACAAAGAAUCUCAGAUCCUCUUAAGCGGGCAAAGCCUUCGCUGAGCACUGGGGUGUCCCAUGGAGAGACGCCGAUGAGAUUUGAAAAUGUAGACCAAGCAUUGGAGUGGAUAAGGAAAGAGCUGACUGAGAUGCGUUUGCAGGACCAGCACCUCGCACGUCAACUAAUGCGUCUGCGCAGUGACAUUAACAAUUUGCGAAUUGUGCAGACGUGUAACCAACAUCGCAAGAUGCUGAACGAUGCUACGUUUGAGCUGGAGGAGAGAGAUGAUAUGUCUGAUUUGUGUGACGUCCCCGUGUCUCCUGGAUUAGGCCUCUCUACGCCGCUGAAGGUCAUCGGGGUCACCAAGAUGAACAUCAACACCAGGCGCUUCUCCCUGUGCUAGCGUGUGUAUAUGUGCUUAGCGUGCAGUGCAAGUGAAUGAUUGUGUGUUUUCAUAGAUUAUAAAAUGGAUUAGUAUAAUUUUGAAUGUAUGUUAGACAGGUGAUUAGAGGGGAGGGGCUGAAAAAUUAAGAGAACUUGGUGACGCCUGCAGAAAAGGAAAGUUAUUACAUUUUGUUGAAAGUUUUUUUUUAAAAGCCAAUGGCUUGCAUGGUGUUAGCUGAUUGAUCCUUUGACAAGUAAUCAGUGUUUUAAUGUUUCUAAAAACAUUGUAUAUAUAUAUAUAUAUAUAAACAUACAUA